GGUAUGAUCGAAUUGAAUUAUUCUCUGUUAUCAUAUUUGUAAAGUAAAAAAAAAGGUAUAUAUAUAUAUAUAUAUAGGUGCAAAAUAUAGGGAGGCAACCAGGAAUCUUGAAUCGAUUUACAGCCAAAGCUGAGAAAGUAAGAUCCCAUAUGUCCCUCUUUAACUCCUGAAAUUUCUCUUUUUAAUCUCUCAGUUUCUCCUGCUUGAAGUAGUUAAUUGAUCGACUGUGAAAAAACCCACUUCUUUUAUUGCUGCUGCUUAAUUUUUUCUGUGUUGAAAUGAUUGAUAUUUGAAAAGUAUCGGGUAUUUUAGAUCUGGGUUUUUUUAAUCACUGCAAGAUUUGGCUUGAUUCAAAACAUUGUCAAAUAUUACCUUUUUAAGAAGUGUUGACAAGCUCAUGGUUUUAAUCUGGAUUUGUGAUGUUGGGUUUUUCUCCUUAGACUGAAUAAAGUGAGAAGAGAAAGUUGAAGGAAUUUUAUAUAUUAGUGGAGAUGGGGAAGCCAUUAUUUUAUGAGAUAUUGGAAAAACCAGCAACAAGUUGUAUAAUAGGAAUAUGCAGUGCAAUAUGGUUUUACAUACAGAAGAAAAACAUUGGUUAUCAACAUGUGGGUUUAAGUUAUGAAACUGUGGUAGACAGUCACUAUUGGAGGAUAAUUACUUCAGCUUUUUCACAUAUAAGUGUUCUUCAUCUUGUUUUCAAUAUGAGUGCUCUUUGGAGUCUUGGGGUUGUAGAACAAUUAGGGCAUUUGGGUCUUGGAGUGGCAUAUUAUCUUCAGUACACGCUGGUUUUGGUUGUGUUAUCGGGGUUGCUUGUGUUGGGAAUGUACCAUUUUUUAAUUCAGCGGUUUAAAAUUGAGUAUUUUCGGCGAGUGACUGCUGUUGGGUAUUCUUGUGUUGUUUUUGGGUGGAUGACGAUUUUGUCUGUGAAGCAACCUUCAUCAAAGUUAGAUCUUUUUGGAUUCCUUUCACUUCCCAUUAGUUUUGCACCUUUUGAGUCACUAGUUUUUACUUCAAUCAUUGUUCCUCAAGCAAGUUUUCUUGGACAUUUAUCUGGAAUUAUUGUUGGGUAUGCUAUAGCUUGGGGUUUGAUUCAUGGGAUGACUAACUAUUGGACAGUUACCAUUCUGGGAUGGAUAGCAAUUGUUUUUGUAUUCAGUUUGAAGCGUUCUGGUGCUUAUGAUUUCAAUUUUCUUGAGAUUGAAUCUGUUGCAGAUCCUUCGUUGCCUUCUGUACGGUUUAUUGGAAAUGGUAGAACCUUGCAGAUGACUACAAUUCCACUUGAAGGCGUUGAAAUUGUCUAGUUCCUUUGUGAAGACAUUGCCAUUACAAGUACACUGUAGGCAUGAAUUAUUUAGUCAUCCCUUGAGAGUAUAUGUGAUUCUGCUUUGUCGGGCAAGACAGUAAAUUGGAAGUGGGAUGGUCUUGAUCAGUAGAUGUUUCAGAUUCAUUGCUUUCCUCUGCUGUGAUCACACAAGUUCCCAGGUCUGCUUUUAAACUUACAGUGAUGUUACAUGAAUUUCUUCACUGCCCAACAAGGGUUGCAAGUUACUGAUCAUCGUUGCUCACUUCUGCAUCAUUUAUUGUUCUUUUUCCUGAUAGUUUAAACUUUAAAAAAUUUCUAGAUUGUUCUACCAUUCUUUUCUGUAAUGGUGAAAAAAAUUUGUUUACCCUGUUGAGAUUCAACUUCAUCGACAAUUUAUAUAAUUAUUGAAUAACUUAAUGUAGAAAAAAGAUGCAUUUCUUUAAAUUUUAUUUUCUAGAUUGAGUUCUGCUGGUUGAAAAUAGUUGUGGUGACCUAUGAGUUUGGAUAGCGAGAAACGGUUAUAUAAAUUUGCCGAAUGAUAUGACAUUAUGUGAUGACUGUUUAAUCAGUUACUGGUUUUAUGAUCCUGCUGAAUUACAUAAAUUUCACUCAAACCAUUAUUGAAUUAGUAGAGUGUUUAUAAAAAGAAGCCAUGCUUUUUCUUGAAACAGAUGCGAAUUGGUUUUUGUUAGUUUGGUGGAAAGGGCUGUGAAUUUACAGAAGGGUGAUCUUAUAUGCCUCAGUCAAAUAGUAUAAAGGGGUAAUUGCUUCAAAUGAAAUUUACUAUUGUUAUGGAGGUUAAAGCCUGGGGGAAAUCUUGACGUUGAGGCUACAAUGCAUGCUUGCAAUUUGCUGUUUUCCUUUGUUGUCACAGCCUCCUUUGAGAAGCAAUUUUCCAAGUGGAUUCUUGGGUUUCUUCUGUUUUCCCCUAUAUUUUACUAUCUAGGGUAAGAAGUUCCUUUGCAGUAGAAAAGUUAAGGCCUAUUUCAUAUGAACUCCAAUUUCCAAAGUUUAGUUUAUCAAAGCCAAAUUUAAAUAAAAAACAUAUGUUUAGCCUUUUGAAUUUUUGAAUGAAAUAAACAAGUAGUGAUUAAAUAAAGCUCAUGAGUAAACUCAAUGAUGCAUAUUAAGAUAAAUUUGGAUGAGCGAUGAGAUUUGAUUUCAGUAAGAGUAAAAGCAGUGGUGGAAGUGAGAUUAAUUAUUGUAGCAAUAAUAUUAAAAUUAAUGGUGAAAUCAUGUGUUUGAA